AGGACAUUCACAGAAAGAAGUGAAUAAUAUAUAAAAAUGUUCACACUUGGUGUGCUGUUGUUGCUGCUUCUAGGCACUCGUGAGACCUUAGCUGUACAAUUGCUACAGGAAAGAUCCUCAGUAAUGGCUACUGCUGGGAGUACCAUGACUUUUCAGUGCAAUAUAGAUGCAAGGUUUAGCAUGAGCAGCUAUACUAUGCAAUGGUACAAGCAAGCUUAUCAUGGUGCUCCUGUACAAUUCCUUAUGAUGGAGUAUGAACUGGCCACGAAGAAAAUGAGCAUUGCCCUGGUUAAAGCUGAGAAUAAGUUCAGCUUGCACGUUUCAAACCUCACGCUGCAGGACGGUGGUGUUUAUUACUUGCACUGUGCCAAUGCCAACCCAGCACACUUUGGAGCUGGAACAAAACUCACUGUCUUAGAUCCAAAUAUAAGCAUCACAAAGCCUGCCUCUGUCAAGGUGCUCAGUGUUUCAGAAAAGGAAACAUGUACAAAGACAAAUGUCACACUGGUGUGUGUGGCUAAAGGAUUCUACCCUGACCAUGUGAAUGUGUACUGGACUGAUGAUAACGGCAACCGCUCCACUGAUGUUAGUACAGAUGAGAUCGCCACCCGAAACGGCAGUUUCUACAGCAUCACCAGCAGACUGAAUAUCAACUACAAAACAGAAUGGACUAAAGGCUUAACAUUCACCUGUAAUGUUGUUUUUUUUGAUGGCACAGAAUACUCAACACACUCUGACUCUGAAACAGGACCAAAAAUUGAGAGCGAUGGAGAAUAUGCGGCUGAAACGUAUGUUCGAAAAGUGAAAACAACUAUGUUGGGUUACAGCAUGUUCAUUGCACAAAGUUUGAUAUACGGCUUAAUCAUCUUGGUCAUCGUUAAGAGACAGGGCAAGUCAAAUUUAUGUCAGGCCUUGUGUCAGUGUGCCAGCUUUGCUGACUUGAAGUUUGGCCCUGGGACAAAACUAACAGUUUUGGACCCCAACAUGAACAUCACCAGUCCAGCAAUAGAGUUGCUGCCACCUUCCCCGAAAGAGCUCUGCAGAGCCAAGAAAGACUUCCAUAAUGUAACCUUGGUGUGUUUAGUCUACGACUUUUAUCCUGAUCAUGUUAGCAUUAGCUGGGAAGUGAACGGGAAAGAGAGAAUGAAUAGUGUUGCAACGGACCAUGCCGCCCAAAAAAAUCCAAAAACCAAACUUUACAGCAUGUCCAGCAGACUGAGUGUCCAACAAACUGAGUGGACCAACAUUAAAAACACUUUCACUUGCAUUGUUACUUUCUACAAUAAAGAUGGCUACAAGAAGAUUCCACGCAGCUUCAGAUAUUCCCCAGAUAAAAUACCAGUGAGGGUGUAUGCUACAGUGCAAUUUGGAUACUUGAUGUUUCUUGGCAAGAGUCUACUGUAUGCUGCAUUUGUCAGCAUUAUAGUGUGGAAAUUCAAGGCUUCAAAAGAAAAGACCCUGAUGACUGAAGAGGAAGAGAUUGUAGACAGCUAAAUAAUAUGGAGCAAAUAUGCUUAUGAUAGAUAGAUAGAUAGAUAGAUAGAUAGAUAGAUAGAUAGAUAGAUAGAUAGAUAGAUAGAUAGAUAGAUAGAUUAACUAAAGAAUAAAAAUAAAGUUUAAGAAUAUAUAUGUACAGUAUAUAACUAUAAACUGUUAAGCACUGAAAAAAUUACAGGAUUAUUAGCUAAUGUAUGUUAUUAAAUUUGCAUGUAACUGCUUCAAAGAUAAAAGUUAUAAUGCAGGCUAAUAUAUUCUGCAUUACUGUACAUCUAUAUUAAAUAACCUUUCAUUAUUUUCUGUAUAUUUCUAUAGCAUAUAAAUAUCGCCCUCUCCUUUACUGGCAUCUUUUAGCAGAUUAGUUAGUAUUCAACAAAGUUCAGCUUAAAAAUGUCAUAAGUACUAUUACUUUAGUGUAUUUAAAAUUGCAUUUAUUCUUUUAAAUAAUCCACUAUUAAACUAAUGUUUAUAAAUUGAAUAUGCAUUUCAACAUUAUAAGAAAUAUCAAGCCCACAGUGUUUACCAUGAACAAUUUAUUUCACAUGCAUUUUUGCAGUUGAUAAUUAGUUUACAAAGUUUAGAACCAAGACUCCAACAUUUAAUUUUUAACGUAGGCAGCCAUAGUCUCUCUUUAGCAACUGUAAUAUCAUAUUUGCUAAUGUGAAUGAAAAUUAUUAUUUUUUUUUAUUAUUAAAUAAAAUGUGGUGGUCCCCUGGUGGUCU